UGCUUUAAUCUUCUUUUUUCUUAUAUUAAGUUAUAUUUACAAAAAUUACAGGAAAUGACAUCAUUGAUAUCAACAAAACAAAUUACCAAAACAUUGCUGAUAUUUUCUUUGCAUAUCUGUUUAAUGAAGGAGUAGAGUAUUUAUCACUAACUGUGAGUGAUAUUUUAUUCAGAAAAUAAUACAAUUAUGUUUUUCUUUAAAAAAUAUGUUUUAUUACAUUUUAUAUUAUUUAAAUAGACAGAAUUAUACAUAUAAUCAAGCCUUAUAUCAUCAUAUAUUGACAGAAUUUUAUAAAAUCUAAAAGGGACAUUAAUCAAUUAACUCUCAUAACAACUGUUAGGAAAAGGAAGUGAGUUAUUUCCCUUUCAUUUCAUUCAAAACCAAAAGAGGAAGUAAAAAUAACAAAAUUUCCACUUAUCUUGUCAACGGAAAAAAACCAGUUUCAAUUGAUUAUUUCUAUGAAAUACUUAUAAAUCAAAAUGUUUCAAGAACCUGACGGCAGAGAAAACUUAUCAUUGAUAUUAUCAGAGGUUUUACAUGACAUUGGUGUCAAUGAAAGAAUUGUGAUGAGACAGAGAAGAGGACUCUUGCUGAAAGAGAAUAUGAAUAAUAUCAGUCACAGAUUAACUGAUCUAAAUAAAACAUACUAUCAUCUAGGGAGUCAAAGUGAAGGUACAACUACUAUAGGACUUCAUUCAGACUUUGAUAUACUAAUGUGUCAUCAUGUUGCCAAUAUAAUACAAGACUGGUCAGAGUGGGAACAUGACAAGUUAAACUACCUCAUGAUACAGGAUGAGAACACUACUCCCGGGUAUUGUUUCUUACAACUACUCAGACAUGAUGAACCUCUUCCUGCAACUGUCAUUCCUGAUGAACACCAUAUUACUGAUAGAAGAGGAAGAAUAUUGUAUAAAAACACAGUGAUAAAUGAUUUUCUUGAGGGUGCUGAUCAGCAGCAUGGACCAUCUAUUGCUGAACAAGGACAACCUGGAUUAUGUGAUAGAGACAUGGUGUUAGCUUUACCAUUGUAAAUCAUGGCCUCAAUCAGCAUCAGGUUGGUUACAAAGACAGGGUAUUGGCAGAUGGCCAACACAAGAGAUGAGAAGAUAUGCAGCCAGUACUGGAUGUUUUGUUGUUCCAACUGGAAGUAAGAUCAGUGAAUAUCCUGAACUGGAAUGGAGAAUAUCUACAUCAAUGGCAGAAAGAUGUAUUAUGUACAAUCUAAAUAUAACACAAAUAAGGUGCUAUGUACUAUUGAAAAUGAUUCUUAAGUCCUUCCUUAAUCCUCAAGAUGAAAUCAACAUAUCAAGUUUCAUGUGUAAAACAGUUCUAUUACAUUGUAUAGAAAACACAGAGUCAGGAAUAUGGAAAGAUAACAAUUUAUAUACAUGUUUAACAUACUGCUUAUUGGAAUUACACAGUUGUGUACAGAAUGACUGUUGUUCACAUUUCAUUAUACCAGAAAAUAAUUUGAUGGCAGGGCAAUUUACAGCUGAGACAAAACAUGAACUUUCAAAAAAUAUUUGUGAUUUUAUACAGAAUGAUAGACAACGGUUACUUAGUAUUGAUAUUGAUGAUCUUGGUCAUAGACUUCAAGUUAAACUGAACAGGGUACCACAUGGAAUUAACUAUUUUCCUUCUUCUCUUGAAAUAUAUGAAAAUGUUAUGACGUUGGCAUAUAUAAACAUUGCAAAAGACAUAAGUAAUCAGCAUAUGUAUAUUUUAAAACAUUUACAAAAUAAAAACAUUAGAACAAUACAGCAAUCUGUAAGUAAACUAAAGACAUUCAGUGACAAUGGUAAUAGAUUAGAACAUGUUGCAUUCAAGCUUCUAGCACCUUUUCUUUUUACCACAUACGGAUCUAUCCUAGCAUCAUCCAGCAUUGGUGAAAAUAAUCAAGUGUCACCUCAAGCAUUGGUUUGGUUAUCAGCUGGUUUAAACUCAGAUAUCUCAUCUAGCAGACUUAAAUUGGCUUCAGUGUUUUACAGUACAGGAGAUAUGGAGAAAGCUGAACUAAUUCUGAGACACACAGAACAACAAUAUUAUUCUUAUCCUGUUUUACCUAUCUGUAGCUGCCAUAAACAGCCCCCAGAAGCAGUAACAGCAGAAUUCAAGAGGGUAUGUAAUGAACAAAGUGAGGACUGUAUCAAACAUAUUACAGCUUUUUGUGUCAGAUUUAUACAGGGAGAGAUCAACUGUGUUCCUCAUGAACUACAAUAUGAAAUGUUCAGAUCUACACAAGAUGACAUGAUACACAGACAUGA